GGACAGUCUCAUUUCACACACAAGUAACGAUAACAUACAGCAACGCCAAAGCAUAGUCGCUGCAAUUUCCAUUCCUUGACAACAAGUAACGUACUUGAUGGCUAUGGCUAAUUUGAAGAUGGCGGCGGAAAAGGCGAGGGCGGGGAUGUGGGUGACGGAUGAAUGCAAGAAUUCGUUCAUGGAGAUGAAGUGGAAGAAGGUGCACAGGUACAUAGUUUUCAAGUUUGAGGAGGAGUCAGGGAUGCUGAGGUUGAAGGUGGAGAAGGUGGGCGGAGCCGGUGAAAGCUAUGAGGAUCUGGCGGCGUCUCUCCCCAAAGACGACUGCCGAUACGCCGUCUUUGAUUUCGACUUCGUCACCCUCGAUAAUUGCCGGAAAAGCAAGAUCUUCUUCAUUGCAUGGGCGCCAGCGGAAUCAAGAGUCCGGGCAAAAAUGGUUUAUGCAACCUCCAAAGAUGGACUGAGGAGAGCUCUGGAAGGGAUUCACUAUGAAGUUCAAGCAACAGACCCAACGGAGAUGGGAAUGGAUGUCAUCAACCAAAGAUUAAUCAAAUAAUCAUCCAUCCAAUUACUUCCAUCUAUUUAUCAUAACUCCCAUGCAUCCGUCUUUAACACCCUACCAUUAAAUAUAUAUAUAUAUAUAUACUUUGACAUAAUAAUGCAAUAUCUGUCGUUAUAUACAUAAAUAUAAUCAACAAAAUAGAUAGCUAGAUUAUUACUAGUAUUACUCUAGUUGAACUGUACUAGCUAUAUAUAGUAAUUAGUCCCAAUAGUUUUACUAUUACUAUUGCUAUAUAUGUAUGUUUCAUAUUUUGAUUAGUUAAUUAUCAAACUAAUGAGAAUUGUUCAAUCAAAAUAUGUUAUGUAUGU